CCACCCCACCGCCUCCUCCUCCUCCCCCGCCGCCGCCACGUCUCGUCGUCCUCGCCCGCCGCCGCCGGAACCGAGCUCGUCCGCGCGCUAUCCGCCGCGCCGUCCCCCGACGCGACGCGGCACCUCGAUGCCCUGCUGCGUCGCAUCGGCGGCGGCGGCCUCGCCGCCGUGCUCUCGUCCCUGCCCUCCCCUCUCCCGGCGAUCUCCGCCCAGCGCCUUCUUCACCAUAUUUUCUCCCAGGACGCUUCCGGCUCUGCCCCUGCCUCCUCCCGCUCCGGGGAUGGCCUCCUCACCCCGCGCGUCUCCGCGCUCCUGCUGCACUCCCUCAUCGCCGAUCGCUCCGCCAUCCGGACGGGGCGCCGCCUGCUCUCCCGACUCCUCGCCGCGCACCCUCUCCACACCGCGGCGGAGGCUGUCGCCGACGCCGCCUCCAUCGCCUCCUCGGACUUCCUCAUCCACACGCUCAUCACCUGCCCCGCCCCCGCCUCCCUCUACAGAGCCGCCGACGCCUUCCGCGUUCUCUCCUCGCGCGGCGCCUCGCCCUCCAUCAAGACAUGCAAUGCGUUCCUUGAAGCCCUUGCCCGUGCGGGUCAGCUCGAUGCCGCCCGCAAGGUGUUUGACGAAAUGCGCGAGAACAGGAACAUCGCUCUGAAUGAGUACUCGUAUACUGCCAUGAUCAAGGCGCUCUGCAAGGCUGGAAAGUUGGAUGCUGGGUUUGAGAUGCUUGCAGAAUUAUGGCGGGCUGGCCUGCAGCCAACAGUUGUCACGUACAAUGUGCUUAUGGAUGCACUGUGUAAAAGUGGGAGGGUGGAUGAAGCCUUUAGAUUGAAAGGAAGGAUGGAAGAGGGAGGGGUGACACCAAGCGUGGUAACAUUUGGUAUCUUGAUCAAUGGUCUUGCAAGGGGUGAGCGGUUUGGGGAGGUUGGCAUGGUGUUGCGGGAGAUGGAACGGUUUGGGAUUUCCCCCAAUGAGAUUAUUUACAAUGAGCUUAUUGGUUGGCAUUGUAGGAAAGGCCAUUGCUCAGAGGCACUCAGGUUGUUUGAUGAAAUGGUUUCAAAGGAGAUGAAGCCGACAGCCGUGACUUAUAACUUGAUUGCAAAGGCACUGUGCAAGGAAGGGGAGAUGGAGCGUGCUGAGAGGAUAUUGGAGGAUAUGUUGUCAAAUGGAAUGACAGUUCAUUGUGGUUUGUUCAAUACAGUGGUUGCAUGGCUUAUUCAAAGAACAGGAAGAUUGGAGUCUGUAGUAAGUAUUAUGAAUGAAAUGGUUACAAGAGGUAUGCGCCCAAAUGAUCCUCUGAUGACAGCUUGUAUGAGGGAGCUUUGCAAAGGAGGGAAACAUCAAGAAGCGGUUGGGAUUUGGUUCAAGAUAUUGAACAAAGGUUUAGGUGUUAAUCUUGCAACUUCCAAUGCGCUAAUUCACGGUCUUUGUGGAGGUAAGUACAUGAAAGAAGCUACAAGGGUUCUACAGACAAUGUUAAAUAAGGGGAUUGAAUUGGAUAGCAUCACAUAUAACAUUAUGAUUCAAGGUUGCUGCAAAGACAGUAAAAUGGAGGAAGCUAUUAAACUCCGUUACGACAUGACCAGAAGAGGGUUUAAGCCUGAUCUUUUCACAUUUAAUACUUUAUUGCAUGCCUAUUGCAAUUUAGGUAAAAUGGAAGAAACUUUUCAUCUGUUGGAUCAGAUGAAAAAUGAGGGCCUUCAGCCCGAUAUAGUGACAUAUGGUACUAUAAUAGAUGGUUAUUGUAAAGCAAAGGAUAUUCAUAAAGCAAAAGAAUGUUUGAAUGAACUGAUGAAUCAUGGACUAAAACCUAAUGUGGUUAUUUAUAAUGCACUUAUUGGUGGUUAUGGUAGGAUUGGUAACAUCUCUGGUGCAGUUGAUACCCUUGAAUCUAUGAAGUCUAAGGGCAUACAGCCAACUAAUGUCACUUACUGUAGUCUUAUGCACUGGAUGUGUCAUGCUGGUCUUGUUGAAGAGGCCAAGACCAUUUUUACACAAGCCAGGGAAAACAAUUUUGACCUUGGAGUAAUUGGUUACACAAUUAUGAUUCAUGGUUACUGCAAACUAGGAAAAAUGGGUGAAGCUGUUACAUACUUUGAGGAGAUGCGUUCCAGGGGUAUAUCUCCAAAUAAGUUUACUUACACUACUAUGAUGUAUGCUUUCUCUAAAUCUGGUAACAGUGAAGAAGCUUCCAAGCUUUUUGAUGAGAUGGUGAGCUCAGGCAUUAUUCUUGACAAUAUUUCUUACGAUACACUAAUUGCAAGGUGUUCUGAGGUGAACUCACUGGAUAAGGAUAUAGGAGUUCCUGCUGAAUUGUCCUCAGGUGGUUUAACAAAAGAUGAUUGUUUGUAUAAGAUAUUAGCUAAUGGAAUUAAUGCACCUUGGUGCCAGAAAGAAGCUGCUUCCAGUGCUGAAUGAUGUGUGGUCAAGGACCUUUUGGCACACCUUCUAUGUUCUGACAAGAACCGCCCAAGAAUGAACAGGGAGUAGGGAGAAUAUGUGGCCACUGAUUCUUCCUUUGAUCUUAUGAUUUGACAUCUGCCAACAGUUCCAUCCAAGUCAUUGUUCAUGGUCAACCUUUGGGAGCUAUCCAGCAACGGCAGGUUGUUCUGAACACUUCUGAUUGGUGAAGUAUACAUGAUCAUCCACCUAUAUCUUGGAUGGGGUAUCCAACAGCAGCAACAAAUUGCCCUGAAUGUUUAUAAUGGGUGAGGUACAUCUAUAAAAACUUAUAUUAUCGGUGAUGUACAUCCCACUGCAUCCCUCACCACCAUGCCAGGUCGGUACUGCUGACUGUUUGUGUGCUUUUCCUGUCCACCCAAUUGAUCUUUGUGUACUUCCUAGUCACCACGGUGCUAGGGCAGUCACCUUCCUUUCAAGAGAAGCAAUCCAAAUGAGUCCCCCUGUUCGUCUUUGUUGAUUCCCAGUCCUCACUUCCCCUAAAUAUUGCAAUCGCUGCCAACGAGAGAAGCGAAUACGCCAGCCAUCGCUGUUUCCAUGAACUCUAGGACUCCAUGGAAACAUCUAGUGAUUAAGCAAAUGACCGUGCUGUGUGACGGAGGACCACCGGCCAGCAGCAGGUUGGCAGAGAGGAGUGGAGCAGAGUUCCCAGCCGAGUGGAGUUAGCGCCAUUGGGAGACAAGGGGCGUGGCAGAGUGGGCAGUUAGUGUGCGAAGUGGAGGAGGCGGCACCUGUUGGGAGAUCGUCGCGAGACCGAGUGAAGCCAGGCCAACACUGGUAGGCACCUGGCAGAUGCUCUAACUACUGAAACUUUUGUAUGACAAAAUGGGAAGCUGCUAGCAAUAAGCUUGGUCCCAGAUGAGUGGGGAAUAAGACUACUAUCGAUAAGCAUUUUGACAAUAUUUGCAAGAAUAUGAUGUUCUCUGUAGUAUUGCUAGAGGUCACUAUUCAGUCUACUUGGAAACUAAAUUGAUUUCUGUUCAGGUCUUAGUGCUGACUGUAACCCUAUAUUUAAUACUUAAUUGAUUCUUGAGAAAAAGAUAAAGGUAAAUGAAUGUCAAUAAUCCACUGUAAGAUUUUCUUUACACCGUUAUUAACCUAAAAUAUUAUUACUACAAGCCUACUGAUGUUUCUGAAGUUUACUCUGUAUAGUGUACAUUCAAUAGCUUCUAUUCUAUAAGCAUGAUUUUCUUAAAUUUCAAGAUCAACAUUCAAAAGCAGUAUUGGUUACUAUGAUUUAUUUUUUGUCAUCCAUAUGCAAAUAUUAAUCUUAGAGUUAUCUGAAGAGGGGUAAAGAACAAAGUGCAAAAUUUAGUUCUCAUGAUUUUGAUAUAUUUUAAAUUAACUGCAAUCCAGCACCAUGCUCUCUUGUUUCAUAGAAAUUCACUCUAUCUUGGCUUGAAUCAGAUGGUCAGAAUGGACGACAAUUUUCUAAGUAUUUUCACUUUAUCUAACUCUGUUCUAACUGAUUUUCAGAGUGCUUUACCUGCCAUGGCAGGCUAGCCACAAAGGGAGAGCGCAUAGGGAUUGCUUGUGUAAUCUUAAGCAAGGUGUAGGCAGCCGUGCAGGGGGUUUACUCAGGGCGAGGGAAGGGGGUGGCGAUAUGAAUUGGAGAGCCCACCUUGAUGCCGCCGCCGUCUCUGUUGCCGCUACUAUCUUGAUGCGGGGUGGGUACCGAUGGUGGAGGGAGGGGGUAGCGAGCAGGGGACCGCUCCUACCUGGCAGCCACCGCCGCCAUGUCUGUCGCCACCGCGGAGGAGGUAGCAAGCUAGGGAGGGGGUGGGCACC